AAAACACAUGUGAAAAACGUGUGAAUAAUAUUUGGAAAUAAACUUCAUAUAUGUAUAUAUGCAGGCCUAUACAUGUGAAUGAGUAAUUUUUUUGUUUUAGGCCCCCUUUCCUCUGAGGGUGACUAGAGUCCUCACAGCCGUCUUGCCUUCCUCUCUGAUUGCCCGACGCGUUUCUGUCGAGGACCCCCCUCCCGAGUUGGCCACUCCGCUGCCUGAGCAGAUUCCUCCAGGAAGACUGACAGAGCAAAGCAAGCAAAUACUCCAGAAAGCGCCUAGAAGGCAGUUAUUCGAGAUGCCUGAUAAAAAUUCCAAUUGGUCCCAGGCAGAGAUGAGAGAGAUGAGCCAGGAGCAGCCGCCGGCCAAACGGUUGGCUAGGGCUCUACAGGAGCUAGCUUCAGCGAGGCAAGAGCAGAACUCCUAUGGGCUCAAUGCAACUAGGGCCCAGCAGAGCCACAGUGUCACCACCAGAUCCUCCAGAGAGGACCCCUGGAAAGAGGCGUCCAACACAGAGUCUGCUGUGGAGGCCCCGAGGCCCCAGCAGGGUCAAGACCGGGCCGUUGUGGGCAAUGGGGGUGUGGCCUCUAAUGGAGGCGGUGCCUCUGAUCCCAGGGUAAGAAAGGAGGAUGGGGGUCAUGACACUACAAGACAAGUGUUGGGAGGAUGUCAGAGGGAGGAAGAGAAGGUUGAGGGACACGCCACUCUCCUAACAUCUGCCCCGGACCCUGACCUCUGCCUCACCCCUGAGCAGAGAGAGGCCAAACUGAGACGUGUGGAGAGGAUCAGGGAGAGAGUCAUCCGGAGUGCAGUCAGAGAGAGUGCCGUGGUGCCCGGACAUCCACUGACCAGGAUGGAGAGACAGGAGCUCCACAACACCCCUUCUACACAGAAGACCUAUGACAAGGCCAGAAAGAACCGGGAGAUGCCAGUUUCUGGGCCUUGCGAGGAUGUCUGCGGAGGCUGGUGUCAUAGUGACGGGAGGGUUCUACGUAGUAACAGGACGGUAGAACCUCCGACCCCUGGAGAGAAACCUCKUUAUGAAGAUGAGGGGAAGGGGCAUAUGAAAGGUCAUGAGGGUCAUAUUGGGAACAAAACACAGCACAAAGGUCACGGUGACAGAAAGGGUAUCAUGAAAUGUAAAAAAGAAAAGGAACCAUCCACUUCCUCCAAUAAGAUCUCCUCGAUGACUGUAUACCAAACUGACGGAGGCCUGCAAUUCAAGAGGUGUGAAGACAAAGAACAGGAAGAAGACCAAAAGGAACUCUCAUCCUAUCACGUUGAAAGCAGUUCUCUGUCCACCAACCUGAAAGCGGAAUGGUUCCUCUCAACCAAUCAGUGGCGAGAGUUCAUACCUUUACGCGACCACGGAAUAGAGUCAUUGUGCCAAAAGGAAACCUUGAAUGUGGACAAUGAGCCAACAUCUCAUGACGCAGGAACGGAUUCCAAUGGUGACACAUUUUCUGUAAGUGAGAGUUUAGAGAAAAUGUUGGAAAAUCAUUCACUCUUCUAUAAAAUCACAAGUGACAUCAAUCUGUCAGACACGGACAUUACAAUGACUGAUGGACAAUCAGUAUCCAAUCAGGGAGAAGAGAUUGAGGGGGCAACCAAUGAGAUUUCAACAGCAGAGGAAGUGACCUAUAGGGUGGUAAGACCAAGAGACCAACAAAUCGAAGGUUGCCACCCUUCAGUAUCCUCCACAAGUCAUGGUACAGCCACAGACGAUAGUGGAGACAUCACUACAACCAAUCAGCAGCAAGAUUUAACAUCUAAGGACCGGAACGCACCACUAUCUGCUAAUCAAACAUCGUGCGUCUCAUCCAAACCAGGACGUGACCUAUGCAUCUAUGAAGAGAUAUCGGACAGUGACGCUUUGCCCAAAGCAACAGAGGAACCCAUUCAGGAGAGUCAAGGGAAAAUCAUGCAAAGUCAGGAAUCGAGGAAACCUAAACCCGAAUCGUCGAUUCAUCCUGAAUCAGAACAGGCCCCCUUUAUGGAUAUGUGUGGAUGGGCAGAAACAGGACAAGAGAAUCGUGGAACAGUAGAUGUGAAGGUAGAACAGGAGGGAGCUGGAGAGUUGAAGGUGGCCAAUAGCAGUUUAAGUGGAGAGAGAGGCGACGCGGUCCAAAAAAGAUAUAGCCUAUCCAAAACCAAUUCGCUAGGCCUAUACGAGGAGGAAAGGGCGGAUCGAAGUGCCUCAUUUGGAAGAGGCAGAGUGACAGUGCUGCGGACAAGUUUAUAGAGGGACUACAAAAAUGGAGGAUGACAAGGAAGAUGUAGUUCAAUAGAGACCGAGUGAGCAAGAUGGGGGGGGGGG